AACACCUCCUCGUGUCACGAAGGCGCAGACACGUGAGUUUGUAAACACGUAAGAACGAGCGGGUGACGGCCCGACGAGGUCAUUCCCCCGAGCUCGGUGGCAUGAGGGGCCACGGCGACCUUCUGGCGGCGCUCCUUGCCUGCGCGCUGUGCCUGUGUCGGGGCUACACGCUGCGGAGCUCCGUGUCCUGGGUCGUCUCCGACAACGACGUGGUGGAGGACGCGGACCUGUCGGAGGAGGAGGAGCAGGUCGCCCCGGCGCUGCUGGUGGACAGCGCGGGUCUGUGGAAGCAGGCGUACCCGUCCGCCAGCGUCCUCGGCGACGGCGCGGAGAGGAGCCCCGCGGAGCUCGCCAAGCCCGAGGGCGACACUGUGGCGCAGCUCUCCUCCCGUCUGUUCUCCUACCGGCUGGAGAAGGUGAAGACGUCCGGCGGCGCCUCCCCUCCCCCGCACCAGGAGACCGCCAGGACCGCCAGGUACAUCGCUCAUUACAGCGACUGGGGCCACCUGUCCACCAUCUCUACGAUAGACAAGAUCAAAGGUCUCCCCUUUGGGAACAUCUUCUCAGUCAGCGAUGGACCAUCGGACAACAGUACUGGAGUUAUCUACUUCUAUGUGACUCCAAUGGACAACACCGUGUCAGACCUGAAGAGUAACCCCUACGCUUCUCUCACCUUCUCAGAGGCAGAAGGGGAGUUCUGCAGGCAAAUGGUGUACGAUCCAGAGGAUCCAAGAUGUGCUCGACUCACACUGACAGGCAAGAUGGUGGAGGUGGCCCCGGAGGAGCUUGCGCUUGCAAAAGAGGCGAUGUUCUCCAGACACCCUGUGAUGGCAAAGUGGCCAGUGGGACACAAGUGGUUCUUUAUGAAGCUGGAGUUGGUCCAGGUCUGGCUGCAGGACUGGUUCGGAGGCACGUCACUCGUUCCGAUCGAGGACUACUUCAAAGCUACGCCCUUCUGAGAUUAUCCCUCCCCUCUGCAUCACGUCAGCCUAACACAGAUCAGUUCAGCCGUCUACAUAACACACGUCACCCUAACAAGGGUGACAAUUCAACAAUGUUGAAAAGAAAAUUUUUCAUCUUUUUUUUUUCAAUUCACUGCUGCUGUUCCAACUUCUGAAAGUGAAUGUGAACUACGUUUUCUCUUGCUCUGCAGCUCGGCUUGUCACACAAAAUCAGAUAAAUCAGUUUGCUGUGGGAGUGCAAUUAAAGUCGGUACGCUUAUUGAAUUUAAAGGUCACACAUAUCACAGCUGGCAUAGACAUUUCUAUCAUUUUAUGUAUUGUAUUGCAUCAAACUGUGCUUUUUGAGUAAUACAUUUAUCUUAGCAUUAAAAAUUAUUGUGCAAGAUUA